CAGAAAUCAUUAGCAUUAAAAUAUCUCAUUUCUGGAUGUUUUUCUGGACGUGAUUGCGGGUGUUUGUUUCACCCGGACACUUUUCACGGUGACGCAGAGCCGGAAUGGCGGCGCCCAUGUUCACAAUGUUGCGACAGGUGUCUCGCUCACAUGCUGCGGUGAGACUCUUGUGCUCGCGUGCAGCGGCUCAUCAGGACGCCAUCCUAGCGGCGGCGGCGUUUCCUCCGCUGCAGAGUUACUCCGAGGAAGAGAUGAUGAUGAGAGACGCAGUGAAGAAGUUCGCUCGGGAUCGCAUCGCUCCGUUUGUGUCCAAGAUGGACGAGGACUCGGCGAUGGACGCGGAAGUGAUCCGAUCUCUGUUUGAGCAGGGCUUGAUGGGGAUCGAGAUUGGAGCAGAAUACGGAGGAACCGGUUCCACGUUCUUCUCUUCCAUCCUGGUGAUCGAGGAGCUGGCGAAGGUGGACCCGUCCGUGUCUGUUCUGUGUGACAUUCAGAACACCCUGAUCAACACCCUACUGAUGAAGCUGGGCACCGACGAGCAGAAAGAGCGAUACCUCACCCGCCUCGCCAGCGAUAUGAUCGGCAGUUUCUGUUUGUCCGAGGCGGAGUCGGGCAGCGACGCGUUCUCUCUGAAGACCAUAGCAGAGAAACACGACGAUUAUUACAUCAUCAACGGCGCCAAGAUGUGGAUCAGUAACGCGGAACACGCCGGAGUGUUUCUGGUCAUGGCAAACGCAGAUCCCGCCGCUGGGUACAGGGGCAUCAGCUGCUUCCUCGUGGACAGAGACGCCGAUGGGCUUCAUAUCGGGAAGAAGGAAAAUAAACUGGGUCUGCGAGCGUCAUCCACAUGCCCUUUGACCUUUGACAACGUGAAGGUCCAUGAGAAGAACAUUCUGGGGGAAAUCGGUCACGGUUAUAAAUACGCCAUCGGGAUGCUGAACGAGGGCCGGAUCGGUAUCGCUGCACAGAUGCUCGGUUUGGCUCAAGGCUGUUUCGAUCACACAGUCCCGUACACCAGACAGAGGAUUCAGUUCGGCAAACGAAUCUUUGACUUCCAGGGAAUGCAGCAUCAGAUCGCUCAUGUGGCCACUCAGCUGGAAGCCGCCAGACUGUUGACCUAUAACGCGGCUCGUUUGAAGGAGGCGACGUCCUUCAUUAAAGAGGCCUGUAUGGCCAAAUAUUUCGCCGCUGAGGUGGCGUCUCUGACCACGUCCAAGUGCAUCGAGUGGAUGGGCGGCGUGGGCUUCACUAAAGACUAUCCCAUCGAGAAAUAUUACCGGGACUGUAAAAUAGGAACGAUUUAUGAGGGAACGACCAACAUUCAGCUGAGCACCAUGGCGAAGUUCAUUGAUCAAGAAUAUGCCGGAUAAAUCCAUCAGGAUCAUCUGCGUGUGAAUCCAGUAUGAUAAUAUAUCAGUUAUAUGAUCUGAUGUAUUUACACUCUGUUCCAUGACGUUGAUGAAGUCUCUGAUUAUUCCUGUUGUUGUGAUGAGAGAUGACCGUUUAACAACAGAUCUGUUACAUAGAAGCACAUAAUGACACAUGACAUCAUCAUUGAUUGAUUUAUGAUCACAUUCAUGUUAUUGGUCGAGCUCGUGUCUUAUUGAUCAAUCUGUGUAAUGAAGAAUAAUCCGUGUUGAAACUGAUGUUUCAUGUUAGUGUGUUAUUAAACAUGAUUGAACAAACAUGUGACUGUUUCUUUAACAUGUGAUGUCAUACUGUGAGCGGCAGAUC